UUACAGGGUUGCACAAGGAUUAAGCUUUGUAAUAAUCUUGUGACCACAAUACUCACAUCGCACACUGUUUUAGGACACCAUUUCAUUAGUGCGAAUUUACCAUGGAGAAAAUCACAUUAAAAUUCUCUUUGAUGUUACUGGCACUGCAAAUACAAAGUGGAGAGUUGAUGUUCUCUGAUAAUCCUUUUGCUUCAAUUGUCGAAGCUCCAAUGCCAGAAGUCAUGGAGUUCAACAGCACAAUCUAUGCAACUUGUAAGGUGACCCCCAUCCCCAGUUUACCAACUGGCCAGCCAGAGAUCUUCGGGCAGGUUCUCUUCAAGCAGGUCUUCCCCAAUGGUACUUUACAAGUGAUUAUCAACCUCCAUGGUUUACCUGCCGAUGAUCAUCAAAUCCGUGCAAUCCACAUCCAUCAAUAUGGAGACCUUAGUCAAGGUUGCGUCAGUGCUGGUCCUCAUUACAAUCCACAGGGGAUGGAACAUCCUGGCCAUCCCGGAGACUUGGGCAACUUUGUUUCCAAGGAAGGAAUUAUACGGCGAUUUCUAAAGCUCCCAGACGCCAAGCUGUUUGGGAGUCAAUCCAUUCUGGGACGUGCUGUGGUGGUUCAUGAGAAGGAGGAUGAUCUGGGAAUGGGGUCAGACGAGGAGAGUAAACGCAGUGGGAAUGCUGGGAAGAGAAUCGCUGGGUGUGUCAUUGGCAUUAGCGCUCCAAGUUUGUGGCAGACGGCUGUGGAAAUCUCCUGGGAAGUGGUGGAGGAGGGUACCGAGAGUCAAAGAUGAGAGCAGAAAGGACGUGGGGAGACAUGGUGUAAAAAAAACUAGAGAAAAGAGGACUUGCAUCCAAGAAUGAAACUUCAUGCUGUUGUUUAAGAGCUCAAAGAACUAGGAUAAGAAUAGUAUACAGUCCUACUUUAUAUUAGGUGUCUACAGAAAUGUACUAUUUUCAUUGUCUGUAAUAAAAAAAAAAAAAAGGAAA